AUGGAUUACCAGCAGGACUCGGAGUUGGACGUGACAAUGGUUGACUCGGAUAUGGAUCAUACUUCUGUCAAACCCAAGCGGCGGCGUAGGGAAGCCAUGGAAUGGCAAAGUACCCGUUUUAAGCAAGAGUCUAGCUUCUGCGGAGGCGUUGAAGGGAAGCAGGGACUCCCGGGUCAACAGCAUUACUUACAUCAAGACACCAGGCAGGAAUCUGACUGGCUUCAAAGUGUCAAGAACCAGCAGGCUUUGGGUCUCAGUCCCUGCCUCAAUAAUCAACAGUUUGAAGUCUCACCAAUGCAUCACUCCCUCAAAUUCCAGCAACCUUUUAUGCGUCGCAAAGAUUUUGACCAAGCUUUGUUAUCAGAGUGUGGGUGCUUUUUCAAUGAUGAUUUUCAGUCCAACGUGAUGGACACUUCACCUGGUAGCAUGAUUGCGUCUUGGGAUAAAAACAAGUAUGUGCAAGAUCAGCAAUGCGCUGGAGCACACAGCCAGCUCAAAUCUGUAAAAUGCCAUGUUGAGUUUGAUCAUCACAUUGACUCCCUCCAACCAACUGAGUUCUGGCAUUAUGUUGACCCUCAGCAAUGCUAUGAUUCUCAGCACUCUCAGCAGGGAUAUGCAUCCACGCAAUAUCACGAUCAGCAGAGCCUCAACGGCUUCCUGCCUUCGAAUGCCUUAGUCCCCGUACAAUACCAGGGAUUGAACCUGGAACCUUCUGGAUACAUGCCAGCUGCUCUACCAAUUGAGCUAUAUGGCCAAGAUGUCUUACACAGAAUAGCUGCUGCAUACUGGGCUGGCUUACAAAUCAGAGGUAUUAUCCUAUGGGGUAUUGACCAUGUCCCACACUCCUAUUGUGUUGGACUCCUAUAUUUUGUGUGCAACGUUGACAAUCAAAAACUCCCGGUGACUGCAGUGGCCACGCAGAGAACGUCCAAAUUUGGAGUCACAUUACCCACGGGCCGUAGUCAAUACACGCCGUCAUUUAAUUGUGGGGUGGGGGAGAGUCGUUCGGUGGUCGCACAGACGGCGGACCAGUUCUCAAUGUCCUUGAACGCUUCUUUGACUGUCGCAUGGGGCAAAUUUAGUAUAGUCGGGCGUGAGAAGUUUCUCAAAGAUCUGGAGGCAGCUCUACAGGGAUUUGCUCAUACUACUAAUAGAGAUUCCCCAUUCUCUCUCAAAAACUCUAUCAUUUGGAGGUCAUCCUCUGUCAUAUUGAAUAUCAGUUCAGUAAUAGAUCCAAGUAGGAUCAAUGAAUAUGAUGUCUUUGACUGUGGUGAUGCCGCCUUUUUGAAGAUUCAGGAGAAGAAUAUGUUUUUGCAGGCGGGUUUUAGCAAGAUUGAACAACAAUAUUAUCUCGUCGACAUGGCAGAUGGUAAACGUCAAUAUGUUUCUGGUAAUGAUUCAAAUCUGAUUGCACUUUACAAUCUAUUAUUCAUUGGCCAAUAA